AUGUCAGUUAAGAAAGUCAAGUCUCUGCGCCUGCAGAGGAGAGGGGCAAAAGCCAAGUUGUCCAGGUAUGGAAAGGCCCUUCAGAGCCUGAUCAAUGAUCAGAGACCUGUACCAGAAGUACAGGAGAUGUUUGAACAGUAUGCUGGUGCCUUUGAUGAUCUUCAGAAUAAGCAUGCUAGUUAUACCGAAGUGGUAGAAGAUGACGACGAAUUCGAAAAGGAAGAGUUGUGGAUGGACGAGUGCCAUAAUUCGUUCAUGAAGCUACAGAUCAUCGAAAGGGACUAUUGCAAGGUUGAUGAAAGUUUCAGGGAAGUAACGCAACCCCAGGAACAUCAGCAAGGUGCAUCGGCCAGGUAUUAUCAGAGUUUAGAAGCAACGUUGUCAGCCGAUGAACAGCAAGAUGAGUCACCCAGAGAGGCAGGUCAGCCUGCUGAUGCAGGGAGGAGAAUGAAAGGAUCUGCUUAUAAGAUGGAGAGGCCUAAACUGCCAAGCUUCGAUGGCAACAUCCGAGAUUACUGUAUCUUCAAGGCUGAUUUUCUCCAUGCUGUUGGAAAUCAGUACGAUGAUAGAGAUGCCCUCAUGAUUCUGCGCUCUUGUCUUCAGAGCAAGCCCUUGCAGUUGGUUAAAGGGAUAGGACAAGACUAUACCGCAGCCUGGGAGCAACUAGAUAUGAUUUACGGGGAUGAGCGGUUUGUAGCUGACGCCAUCAUCAAUGAUAUUUCCAAGGUCAGACCAUUAAAGACGGGAGAAUCUGACAGGUUUUGUGAAUUCGUUCACCUUGUUCGAAGGAGUUACAACACCUUAAAGGAGAUAAACCAACCAGGGAACCUAGACAACAGCCACAUGCUUGCCAUAAUGGAAAAAAAGCUUAGCCCGGAAGACCGACUGGUUUGGUUUAGACACCAAGAAACAUGUGGCAAGGCAAGCUUCGAUUUGUUCCUCACCUGGCUUACAAUCGAACUGAAGUCCAGAAUGAGAGCGUCGGCCCCAGUAAGAAGUGAUAGUAAGUCAGGUGGUGUUCAUAUAGUAGGAAAGGCAGUACCCAAUGAAGAAACCAAAUUCCAGCCUUUUCACAAGUGUUGGAUCUGCGAGACUUCGUCACAUUGGUUGGAUCAGUGCAAGAAGUUCUUAGCCAUGUCACAGAUAGAUAGGCUUCAACUAGUCAAGACCAACCAUGCAUGUUUCAGCUGUUUGAAGAAGGCUGGGAAAGAACACAGAAUGUCCAACUGCAAACGAAGACGUAGGUGCAGUGAAACAAGUGCUGGGGAACCAUGUAAAUACUUCCACCAUCCCCUCCUACACGCAUCAACAGAAGUCAGAGGUGGAAAUGUAGAUGUUGCCUUUGCGGGCAACUCGGAAGCACUGCUGCCUAUUGUUACAGCUGAGAUCUUGGGGCAGCGAGGAGCAGUCUGUGAGGGAAAUGUGCUCUUGGACUCUGGAGCACAAGUAAGUCUAAUCAAGAAGUCUGUUGCUGAGGAACUGAAGCUGAAGGGAAGCAACAUCAGCAUCACCAUUACCAAGGUCGGUGGAGAGCAAGAGCAGAUGGAAACCAAACAACAUCAACUGAAAGUGAAGUCCCUCUCUACUAAUGCCAUCCAUUCGGUGACAGCAGUGGCAUUACCAUGUAUUAGUGAGAACAUUGCAGAGGUGAAGAUAGAUGCAAUGGCCAAGCUGUUUAAUCUGAAGUCUGGUGAUCUACGAAGAGGAAGUGGGUCAGUUCAUCUUCUCAUUGGCAUAGACUACCCAAAGAUGCAUAUGGGUAAGUCAAGACAGAAGGGACAGUUAGCAGCUCGUAAAUCACCACUGGGCUGGGUUAUCUUUGGUGCUCCCAAGAAAAGCAGUGACAGGAUGAAUGUGCUGCAUGUGAAGUUGACAUCUCCUAUCGACUUGACUGAUUUCUGGAGCUCAGAAUCCAUGGGAGUGCAGUCCAGCUCCUGUCAUUGCGAGCCAAGUCCCUUGAGUAAGCAGGAGAAGGAAGAAGAGCAGAUCAUCAGAGAGUCUAGCAAAAAGGUUGGAAAUAAAUGGGAGAUUGCUUAUCCUUGGAGAAAAGAUCCCAACCUACUUCCUGACAAUCGAGCACAAGCAGAGAAGGUACUGUGUUCAACAGAGAAAAGGCUUGCACGAAACCAGGACCAUGCAGAUGCCUAUGGUAAACAGAUGAAAGAACUGGUAGAGAAUGGAUUUGCUCGUAAGUUAACAGAGAAUGAAGUAGAUCAGUAUGAGGGUCCUAUUCACUACAUAUCCCACCAUGCUGUUCUGCGACCUGAGAAGAGAAGCACACCUGUACGCAUCGUAUUCAAUUCAUCAUCAUCAUAUCACGGUCAUUGCUUAAAUGACUAUUGGUUCAAGGGUCCAGACCUCCUGAAUGAUCUUUUGGGGGGGUGCUGCUGA